AUGGUCAAGCAGGACGAGCGACCACCGUCGCCUUCCAGUCAAGGCUGCAACGAAGACCAUGACGACGAUCAGCCAACAAGUGGUCUCAAGAAGAAGCGGAUCCAGCAGGCUUGUCGUCCGUGUGGUAUCAAGCGAGUCAAAUGCGAUGGCUCCAAGCCCUGCAUCACCUGCAUCCGCUCCGGCGAGGUCUGCGAAUAUGGUCAGCCCAAGAAGCGAGGACCGCCAAAGGGAUCGACUCGCGGAGGAAGCAAGACUGCCAAGCGCAAGGCGGAAGCUCAAGCUCAGCUCUCUGCUGCUCGCAGAGGUGUCUACGAAGCAGCCAAUAACCUUCCAAUGCAAUCCUCGCGCGACUAUGCCGCUUCCACAUCCACAGACCCCAACGGCCUCCCGCUUUCACGACCACCGCCUCCAGCUUUGCCGGACUCCGACUGGAGCCGCACCGUCGUGCCUCCAGCCGCUGCUGCAGCCUCUUCCUCUAGAUACCCACAACAAGGAGCAAUGAAUGUCUUGCCAUAUCCCGCGCUACCACCCUACCAGCAACAGCAGUUUCCACACCAGCAGCCACUUUCAGCAGGCUCCGUAAGCGCUCCAGCAUCAUUGCCGUCCGAUGUCCAUGCAGAGCCAUAUACGACAUCUGCACACCCAUCACCAGAAAGCAGUUAUCCUAACCAAAGCCAUCGCACAGCAGGCUCAGCACAUGAUGGCAGUGUCGGCAGCCCCAACUACGGGCCCAAUGCUUCCAGUCCAGGCUACUACUCUUAUCCGUCUCGCUAUGACCCAGCUUCGGGUUCACAUCAUGGCUCCAAGCAGCGCAGCGAGACAUUCUAUCGUGGAAGUAGCAGCGGUCUUGGUUUUAUUCGUCCACCACCUGGAUCUGCUGAUCGAAGAUUGCCGCCAUUGGACUUUUACGGCACUCGCUCGUCCAACCGGUCCUCUUCUUCGCCAAGCAACUAUGCCAGAGUUUCGAUCGGCUCAGAUACGUUCGAGUCUACAUUGCCAGGUAGAUCAAGUGCCAACAAGUCGCUGUACAAGACAGCAGCUCCAUAUGCUCGACCAUCACCAACAACGUCCACAUCGGGAGAUGCAGUCAGUCAGUUGCCAGGUGCAGGCAGUGCAGUCUCGGAUGCUUCGGGGCCUGACAGUCGCCAUGCAGCUGCUGCUGCGACUGCAUCCCGAGGCCCGAGUAGUAACCCUUGGGCGACUGCCGGUCGAACAUCAGGAGCGGACGCCGUUGAUCCUGGCAGACCAGCAAUCGGUCGAUCCACAGGGAUCAGCCAGCCACACACCACCGACCACAACCAGCUCUCGGUUGAAGGAACGCUCUUGCAACUGCAACGCGACCGCGAUCGUGAUCGUGCCGGCAAAGCAACGACAGCUGAUGUCAGUCGACCCAGAGACGAAGACGUUAAUCUCGAGCCUCUCCUUUGGGUCAAGCCAGGUGAUGAAAGCAGAAGUGGCGUCAACCGUUCUGGUGUCACACUGAACAAGCCAGAGAUCCCACCUCUCAUACAGGAGCGUCUAUUCACUAUUUUCUGGGGGAUAGUGCAAACAAUUUGGCCUGCGCUGUAUAAGCCUGCGCUCUGUCUUUCCAACUUCAACGUCAUCGAUCCAGAGAAGCAUCCGAUGCUACACAAUGCUGCAUGUGCUUUAGCGGCAGUCGCUUGGGACUCGGGCGAGUUCGGCGUUUCGGAAGAAGACACAGAAGCAACUCAGUCCGACUGGGUCGAACGCACUGCCUCUGAUCUCAGCUUUAGCUCGGCACCAGCACAGCUUGGCGAUGGUACCAGCCUGCGUCGUCUCAGCGCCGCUGAUCUUGGAGACAUCUUCCUCGCUCGAGCCAAGUACUACCUUGUCAAGUCCAACAACGAGCCUAGUCUUGAGACGAUCCAGUCGCUUCUCUUUAUGGCGCUGAGAGAAGGGGGCAACGGUCGAGCGAGUCAAGCAUCAGCCUAUCUCUCAACGGCAUGCAGAAUGUGCAUUGAUCUUGGUCUGCACAGACAGCGAGACUUCUCUUCUGUGUUGGGAUUACACUUCUCGCACGCAGAGGAACAGGCAAGACGACGCAUCUUCUGGUGUUUGUAUCUGCUGGAUAAGACAUCGUGUGCUUCGUUGGGUAGACCAGUAACGUUGCGAUACUCAGAAAUUGAUUGCCCACUGCCCAAUAUCGACGAGGCGGACGAACACGAGACUUGGGCAGAGACGACCAACAACAGCUCACUCAUCAAAGAUAGGGCGCGAAGCAUCUUGCUGAAAACACCGGUUGCGGCUAUGUCUCAUUUGCGCUUUGGUAUCAGACUGGGUCAUAUCUGUGAGGAGGUCAUUGCAAUCUACACACAAGUUCGCCGUCCAUACGAUGACCAAGCGCCCGAUACUCUCGGAACAGGCAAGGAUGAUGAUCAGGACGACAAGGACGGUGCAGAUGCGAUCCCAGAAUGGGAGACUCGUCUCGUCCGUCUCCACCGGAUGCUCGAAAUUUGGGAACGUGAUCUUCCUUACCGACUUCGUUUCGAUAACCCUUCGCACCGUCUACCCAAUACGCUCUCGCAGCACCUCUGGUUCCAAGCGUGCAAAGUCAUGCUUCAUCGACCUUAUAUCCUCAAGCAAUCCUCUCGCCCCGACUUGCCGCCUUCCCAUCGCAUCUGCACAGACGCAGUCGGCAGUAUUUGCGACAUCCUCACCGCCUACGACAACAACUUUGGUAUGCGAAAACUCUCUUCCACCGUCACAUACUGCAUCUUUACCGCGUCCACGAUCGAGAUUGCCAACACGACCUCCACCGAUGCUGCGGUUGCAUUGGAAGCCAAGCGCCGUCUGCGCAAGUUCAUGUCAUGGCUUUCGAGGAUGAGCAAAUCCUGGCAGAGCGCUAGUCAUCAUCUUAAGAUUCUCGAGCAGUUGGGACAUGGAAUUGAUGCAGAUUUGGAUGGAACGGGGCUGCCAAGUCAUAGAGAGCCCAGUGCAACGGGAGGUACGGUGGCUAGUAGAGCGGAUAGUCCGAAUACAGCGGCUGCGGUGACAGCUGCGACAAGUGCGAUUGCGAAGAGUGCAGGGGUUGAUGUGGGACCUUCGCAGUUGUCGUUGCCGAGGGAGACGCAGGGAUCGAUCGGGGAGCGAUUGCAACAAGUUGGGGGUGGGGAACAGGGGGCCACUCCUGCGCGGGGCGAUCUCAAUAGUGCGGCUGGGUUAGCACUGCAAACACAGCAACCGCCGAGUAUUGUUCCUACAGGAGCAUCCGCAGCUGCAGGAACAGAUGAUUGUACGGGGGGCCUUUCAGUACCGGGACCUAUCGGUGCACCAAUGUACCUCACCCGUUCGCGCACAAGUUACCAAAUCGCACCUGCACUUCAAGACGAUCUUCAAGCCCAGUUUCACGCUCAAGGUCAAACCCCUGGCUUGCUCUACGGAUGGCCUGCUACAUCUCGUGUUCCAACUUCCAACCCUAGCUGCAAUGCAGCCCCUGCAUCUGUAGUUGACGCUACUACUGCUGCUCAGAACGUGGCUGGUAGAGUAGACUCCCCUGCCGUCGGCUCCACAGCUAACGACGGUGGAGCAACAGUAGCAGGGUUGAUCGGCGCACCUGUCAAUCCCACAGCCUAUCUGAAGCUGCACGAUACGUCGUAUUGGGGAGCAAUGCCUCUUGCGUCAGAAGAUGCGCUGUCUUGGGCCAACUUCACUGGUUCUUAUAUUGAAGCGUUGAAUGGAAUGACGAAUACUAAUGGCGGUAGUGCGGGGACGACUGGUGCGGCGAGCAACGCCGGUGCAAAUGCGAGUGCCGCUAGUGUACCUUUCACUGGUACAGCUUCAAUCAACGCUGCGGGUUCGAACACAGCUUCCGCGCAGGCUGCUGCUACGUCUACCACGCGAUAA